UCUCUGUUUGAUUUAUAUGCUGCAACGCUUAGCGCUUUAAAUUUUGAAGAGGAACCCCCUCCCCCCCUCCCUCCCCCCAUUCUUUCUCGCUUCCUCCCUCCUGUUCCGCGACUGGGAGUCCUCGUCGGCCGGGCUGUUGCGAAGCCUUGAUUGUCAUCCGCGUCACUGCACUUUGAGCCUGAAUCGUUCCCUCGGUUGUUUAAUGUAUUUCCCUCCCCUUUAUAUAGGGGCAGGUUCUGCCGUGCUACCGCGGGAGCCGGGGCUGUCCAGACGUACGAGGAAAAAGAUAAUGUGGUUUUAGUGGGGUCUUUUUUGUUCCCACUAUUGAGCUAGUUCCAGCGGAGAAACCCAGUUCCAGCGGAGAAACGACUUGCCUGACACUGAUGGAGAAGCCAGCGGUGCAUUCGAGCCUGUGCAUGCCGCGGAACUUCAGCUGCAUGGCCGAGCUGUACGGCAGUUUGGGCGAGGAAUGUGCCGGCGCCGGUCUGGAAGGAGGGAACGAUUGUCACCCCGUGUGUCAGCAUCAAGAGAGGAGCCGAGAAUGCUCCAGCAACUGCGGCGGCUUUCCCAGCCCAGGUCAGCGCAGGAGGGCCAAGUCGUUGCCGGCUCCCGCCGAUCGGAGCGGCACUUCCCUAGAGAAAGCCAGCGUCUGCCGCGCCAGCAGGAAGAGCGUCCGCUUCGCAGACUCCUUGGGUCUGGAGCUGACCACCAUCAGGCACUUCUGCGACGCCGACAUGCCCCAGAUCCCUCACCGGGUCAUGGCCAGGCUGAGGAAAGAACGACCCGAGCGAAUGCUGCCCGCCAACAUGAUGGACUUCCUGCUGGACAACACGGCACACACCCUGGAACCCAUGUUCAUCGACCCGGCCAGUUGCCCCGGCUUCCUGGAGAGGGUAAGGACGGACAAGGUUUGCUUGGAGACCAUCUCCACCGACAACUUCAGUAUCCUGGGGCUCGUCAGGGUCUCCAACAUCUCCUACGAGAAGCAGGUGUUGGUCAGAUACACCCUCAACCAGUGGACAUCAUACGUGGACAUUGGAGCCAGCCACAACGCGCACUCUGUCGACGGCCAGACCGACACCUUCUCCUUCAAACUGGUCACCCCACUUUUCCUGGACACGGGCGGCACUCUCCAGUUCGCUAUCCGCUACUCGGUAGCAGGUCAAGAGUUCUGGGACAACAACAAAGGCCACGACUAUCAUGUACUAAGCCACAAGGUCAAAAUUUCGCCACCCAAGGACUGGGAGAACGGCUGGAUUCACUUCAUUUGAGCCAAGAAGGGGGGGGGGGGAGUUUAUUUACAGCAUCAGGGAUGGUGGUACAGUAUUUGACAGUCUCGCCCAGUCCUCCCCGUCUGCUACAAGGUUUCGGUUUCUGUUUGAAGGUAAAUUCUACCGUGGGACCACCGUGAGAACUGGAAAUUCUCCUUAACACCUUCCAGUCUGUGUUUGUGUGUCAGGGAAAGUUGGUCACAGACAAUACAAGCAAUAAGUUGAGUUGAAUUUUAGUUCUGAGGGUGGAAUUGUGUGUCAGAAUUGUGAAAUGGCAUUGUUUGAUUGACUACUUUACCAGAGAUCGUUCUAGCUAAUCUCUAAAGCUUCCAUCAUCUUUAGAGAAAAAAAGUGUCUGUGAAACGUGAUAACCUUUUCACCACUUCUGCAAACACGUUGCAAGUCUACAUGCCACUUAGAACAAAUGAAUGCAGGCAUCCUUUGACAUACCCCCUUCCCAAGGGAAGGUUACAUGGUCUGGCAGCCCUCACAGGGUGACCAGAAUAAUCUCGCAUGACUGAUAAGGGUGCUGACAACCUUGGCAAGUUGCAUAUUAUAGUCACUGGGAGAUUAGUGGGAAGGGAGUGGGACACUAGUGAUGUAUUUUUGGACAAAGUGUAAAGAGUAAGUUAUGAGGGAGGGGAGCUUAAGUUUAAAUUAUAAACAGAGUGAAGCAUCAACCUGACCAGCACUUGCUCAAAGGUUCUAAUGCUUCUGAUGGUUCUAAUGCUUCUAAUGGUUCCAAUGGUUCAUAUAGUUCAUGUAUCCACCUUUCCAUAAUCAUUGGUGCUGGCUCUGAUUUGUUCUGAACCUUUUUCAUACCUCGAGUUUCCCUCUCCUCUGACUAUCAGUCUGAAGAAGGGACUCAACCCAAAAACAUCACUUAUUAUUUUUCUCCAAAGAUGCUGUCUAACCCACUGAGUUACUCCAGCAUUUUGUGUCUUAUCUUUGGUAUAAACCAGCACCUGCAGUUCCUUCCUAUAUUUUUCCAAUGGUUUUAAUGGUUCUACUGGUUCCAAUGGGCAGCACAGUAGCAGCUGGUAGAGCUGCUUUCUCACAGCACCGGUGACCUGGGUUCAAUCCUGACUCCAGGUGCUGCCAGUGCGUAGUUUGCACGCUCUCCAUGUGAUGAUGUGGGUUUUCUCCAGGUGUGCAGGUUUCCCUCCAUAUCCAAAAGACGUGGGGGUUUGUAGGUUAAUCGGUUUCUGUAAAUUGCCCCUAGUGUUGGAUACGAAAGUGGGAUAAUAUUUAAAAAAGUGUGACCGGGUGAUCAAUGGUCAGUGCGGUGUGGGGUGUGUUUCCAUGCUGUAUCUCUAAACUAAACUAAAUGGUUCUAAUGGUUCUGAUCAUUCUAAAUCAACCAAAGGCUCUAACGAAGCAUUGCUCCCUUUAUAAAAAAUAUUCUGCAAAGGAUAUAUAAUAUAUUUGAAAAAAAUUGAAAAAAACUAUCACAGAUAAUUAUUUUAUGGAAAAGUUUUAGAGUAUUGUGAAGGUAUGUCUGAGUGAUGGACAAGAGAAAUGAACUCUAUGCACUUUGACCAAUAGAUAAUAAUCUCUAUAUUUAGAUUAAAUUCAUUUGCUCUUGUAAACUUUGAAGCCCUUGUUUAAACCAUGAAGCAAAGAUAGACUUUAGCUUCAGGAUUUGUUUAGUUUCAACACUAACAUAGCGUAUUGCUGAUUUUACAUUUGGUGCUACAACAUCCAUGGAUGUGAGCCACACAAUGUAAUUUGAAGGUGGAUCAAAUUGUAUCUGUUUAGCAAAUGUACAGUGUGCCCCUUUAAAUAUACGCUAUUAUUUUUGUGAAUGAAAUAUACCUUU